CUUGGUUUGAGUUGAGUUGAUUAUUCCAGGAAGUCAGAAAAAGCGAACAACUGAGAGAAUCGUUUUGACGAGUUUGUUAAAUGGAGGCUAUCGAGUUAGUGCUCUACCUGUCUGUUAUAACAAGUUUGCAAAUCACAGGGCUGAAUGCGUACGAUAUAUACGUUUCACACCAUGGCUAUGAUAGCGAAAGCUGUGGAGAUUCUCUACAGAAUGCAUGCUCAAGUGUUCUUCACGCUGUUAAUACAAGAAGUAAAGAUAAUGACAGCGUUUUGAUAGACGGCACUUUUUGGGGCACUUCUAGCGCUGUGUAUGUGGAAAGCACCGUAUUUCUUAAUAAGUCACUCAGGUUUAAAGGAAUAAGUGGAAAGCCAGCUCUUCAGUGCAACAAUUGCAACAUCAACUUUGUUAUAACAAGCCCACAGCCGUACAGAAAGGAUAGAACAGUAGAAGUUUCUUUUGAUAACACCUUAUUGAAUGGUACAAACAGAAAAGGAUUAUUUACGAAGGUAGUCUCUGUGAAGGAUGCAUCUGUCAGGUUUUCAAACUGCGAAAUUUCGUCCGGACAACCUGGCGUUUAUUAUCAAUGUGAGUACGGGUGUCAGUUAACGGUGGAGAAAACUAUCUUUUCCCACAACCGGGAAGGACUGUGUGUGCAUGCAUUUGGAGAAGGCAGUUCAAUUUUGCAAGUAUCCAUAAGAAACAGUGCUUUUCUAGGGGAAAAUGGACGCUCUAAAUAUGCUUUAAAAUACUGUAUAGUUGGCACUCAUACCGAAUGCGCAUCAGGUAUAUAUGGAAAUCAUAAUAUUGAUAUACAUAUUUACAACUCUAGAUUCCAAUAUUUUGAAUCUGGAAUAAAUGUUGGCAUCGGAGCUUACGGACGGCUUAAUAUGACAAUAUCAGAUUGCACAUUCAGAAAUAUUGGAAUCUUCCGUGAAUCUGAUGGUGCUGUCUUUAUAAGUUAUCAAGGGGUGGGAGAUCCGGACAAGUUCUUGAACUUUGUCGUAAGAAAUUCAGUGUUUACAAAUAACGCUGCAGCCUCUGGUGCAGGCAUAAACCUUUACACUGUUUACCCUUUAUCUUUAACCGUACUUGACAGCGUUUUUACAAAUAAUAAGGCUUCAUUGCAAGGUGGAGCUGUAUGCAGCUAUGGCCCUAAUAAAGUGUCAAUAUACAGAUGUAGGCUUGAGUACAAUAGUUGUGAUCUUCCCAAAGCUUCUGACGUUGUCGAGACAGGCUACGGUGGUGCGUUGGCAUUUGUUGGGCCGAAAGACUGCGUUGCAAAGGUCUUUGUGAAUAGGAGUACAUUUGUUUCAAACACUGCCAGAGCUUUAGGAGGCACGCUCUAUUCGAAUCUCAGACCAUCGGAAAUCGAGCUCUCUGAGGUGUCCAUUGAAUCAUCACAUUGGCACACUAAUCGGGCAGUUGAAGGCGAUAUGAUAUACAGUAUGUCAAAGAUGGCCCUGAAGAAUGUAAGCGUGGUGAGCUCUGCUCAUGAGACAAAUGCUAUCUUCAUUAACAAUGAUGUGAUCUCCGUUGACCGUUUGACUAAAUUUCAAUGUCCAAUUGGGUUUUUCGUUUCUUUGGCAGCUGUACAGUCUCAAAGCAAUGACUCUGCCACGAAAAGUUUUUCUUUAUUUUCAAUAAAAUGCGAGAUGUGUUCUUACAAUCAUUACAGUCUAUUUCCGAGCGUGUUUUUCGAGCAAAGGACUAACAAUUCAAAUUGCCAUUUGUGCUCACCUGGCGGAAUAUGUGCUUCAGGUCUUACGCGACCUAAGAACAACUUUUGGGGUUUUUAGCGACUUGGACUUGGGGGGCAGGGACUUGGGGGGAUUACCUAUGUUCAACUACCAAUACGGUAUGGCUGUCAAGGAAGACAAUGCAUCAAAUAUAAUUCUUGUGCUCCAAAUAGAAGUCAGAUAAUGUGUGCAACAUGUGACACUGGCUACAGCGAAAGUAUGCUAUCUGAAGAAUGCAUCAAGAACGAGGAUUGCAACAAGCGACAGUUCUGGCUGCUCGGUAUAUUGAUUGUCGCCAUUUACGUCACAUUAUUUUUAUACAAGUCAGAAAUGUUCGCAUUUGUCAAAAGAAAGCUUCAAAAAAUUCAUUCCAGCUUUGGUAGAAAUGUUGAUAAGGCGCUAUCUUCCACUGAUGGUUCAUACAUUGGCUUCAGAAAUGAUGACCUGGUUGAUGUGAACUCCAAAGAGAUUACUUUCGAUGAUAGUGAUACCGAGUACGUUUACAGGGAUGAAGGUUUAGGAGGAGGAUUACUAAAGAUUAUGUUUUAUUUCUACCAGAUUGAGUUGAUUGUGAAUCAGGAUGAUUAUCACAUCGAAUUUGACUUUUUGCAACAGCUGCCGCGAAGUUUCUUCAACUUCAAUGCGGUUGCGUUUCGUGAUUCCAGGCUGUGUGCACUGGACGAUAUGACACCCGUCACGAAGAUGUUUAUUCGUAUCGGGCUUAUCUCAAUGGUUUUCAUCGUUUUAAGUAUAAUAAUUAUAAUGUCAAGCAUAUGUAAGCUAUCACCAUGCAGGAGGUUCAACAGAACAGGGAACAUCCUUCAUCAAAGAGCCUUGUUUGCUGCUUUCGAGCUGUUUGUCUUGGCAUAUGGGGCUAAUACAACAGCAAUAUUUAAACUUCUGCACUGCAUCGAUGUCGACUCUAAAACAAGACUUUUCAUACAAGGCAGCAUAGAAUGCUAUACAGUCUGGCAAGUUGCACUUAUGUUCCUUGCAUUUUUCUGGGUUUUACCUUAUUGCUUGUUUGUCUCCUUUCUCCCUAGCUUGUUGCUGCAGAAAAAGACAAAGAAAACCGGAAUUUUGAUCGGCUGCAUAUUUCCAUUACCUUUCCUCUUUUACCUCGUGUUCAAAAUGAAAAGGCAAAGUCCGGAUGACGAGUCUCAGACAAUUAGCGAUCCCGUUGUCGAAAGAAUUCUAAAGAGUUUGAUAGAACCGUUCAGGAAGGUGGGAGGCAAGCGAGAGUUUUUAUGGUGGGAAGGUGUCUACAUUUUUCGUCGUUUUGUUCUGAUUUUAGUGGUAACCUUUGUUCAAAAUCAAAUCUUGAAAUCGUUCCUCUUGCUGGCAUUACAAGUGGUAUUUCUUUUGCAUCACCUAUAUUGCAAACCUUUCAACAACAAGAUUCUAAAUUCACUUGAAUCUGCAUCUCUCUUCACUCUUGUCAUUUUUUCGAGUAUGAAUUCAAUUCGUAUGCACAAUUCUGUAAGUGAAUCCAGCAAAGCAGAUGUUGAUGUCUAUCAAGGAUUUCUUUGGACAAAACUCAUUAUUAUUCUAGCUAUACCAUGCAUCUUUUGCAUUAUAAUAUGCGGAAUUCUCCUUCUGUUUCUUUUUAAUUUCUUGUUUAAAUCUAUAAAAUACCUUUCAGUUAAAGCAUAUUUUAGAAUAGCUUUUUAGCUUGUCCAAGGAGUCUAUGCGUUUCGAUUUUAAUCAUCAAUAACUUUUAUAUAAAUAAUAAUGAUAGCAAUCAUCAUCGUCAUGAUAAUAAUCAUCAACUUCAGCCGUAUUAACGCAUUUGGUUGUAGACUUUACAAGACUGCAUUCAGUUUAGUUCAGUGCAUCGAGACUUGCUCAGACAAUUCGCUAUGUCUGUUUGGUAACACCUUCCGGCAUGGGGCCCUUCGCCACUCCUUCCUGCUCGAAGCACAAGAUCCUGUUUGCCUUAGAUUGAAUAUACACCUAUACGUAUUGCCGAUUAAACCCAACAGAACUAGAUGUAUUUACGUUUACACGUACAACAAAACCAAUUAACAUGGUCUUAGCGUGCAUUUGCAGUGUUGUAAUAAAUUUAGACAGUUUCACUGAAGUGUCGUUAAUGAUGGUAAUGGAGGAAAUCUUGGAAACGGAAAUGUCUAAAAAAAUAAGUACUCGACUUAUUACUCAAUUCAUCCUUGUAUAGGAAUUUUGGAAACAACAUUUUUCCUCCAUUCCUAUCUGAUUUGUUAAAGAGCUUAUUCAAAACAAUUUUGAGGUCGUGCUAAGUAGUAAAGUAUUCAUGCGCGCAAGUUGGUUCUAGAUUUUAUAUAAUAUAUUUCUAUUUUUUCCGUGAAAUCUUC